UUCUCUUUGGCGUCUGUGAGAGCUUUUACUGCUUCUGGGACACCGUCAAACAACCAACCACCAGCGAGCGCUGCAAAACCAACCGAUCUGACCCUCAACCCCAACGCCACACGCGGCACAAUUUGACAGGACCGGAACAUACGGGGGUGAAAGAGCUGAAAAGUCUCAGAGAAGGGGAAUCGGGUUCGGUUGGUUGUGUUGAACUGUGUUUGACGGUCGUUGCGCUGCAGUCAGACGGUCACUCGGACUCCGAGUGAGGUUGGUGCACGGCAGUUUGGGAAGAUAAAAAAAAAAGAGAUUACACGGGCAAAGUGCGUCUGGUGGUCGCUUUAUUACUCUGUUAACGCGGCCGCAUUCAAUUUGCGCUGUCCGCUUCGCUUGUCUACGGACACUGCUGCUAGCUCACUGUUAGAGGCUAUAACAAAAAAGUGGGGCUGACACCACACUCACCACAGAGCCAUCCUCAAUGAGUGGCAGUUCCCGAUAUGUCUCCGCGGGUUUGCGGUCGGACAAGCUAAAGCUAUUAUUGUCGUCAAAGCAGCCAUCCGGACUGCCGGUGUCAUUUAUCAUUAAAGGGGCAGCAUGCCGGUCUAGAUGGUCGUCGACUUCAACAGUUGCGACGAACCGCGCACGUCAUCUGCUACUAUCUGGAUCACCCGUGCACCCACCACCCCAUAACUCUUCAACAGCCCAGACGUCACCACCACCACCACCAUCAAGGAGAUCAUUCAACACCAUGGCCGAAUACUCAGCAACCGUGUCCAAGCCCACAUUGGGUGUCGCGCCCGAGGAUGCCACCAGCCAUCAUGUCAGGGAUUCCAAGGGUAAACUCGUCGGGUUCCAGAACCCGCACCCGUCUGCCGGUGUCCUGCGCAACACUUUCCAGACAGUAGGCAAGAUGUUCUUGUCAAGGCUCCAGGGCAAAAUGCCAGCUCCCGACUUGUCAAAUGUUCAGAUUCCCGUCAUCAAGCCUUACUUCCUGGAAGAGAAGUCUGAGGCGCAGCACAGCGACACCAAGGCCCUGCGAGCAACCUGGCUCGGCCACGCAUGCUAUUAUGUCGAGUACCCCAACGGCCUGCGCGUGCUUUUCGAUCCCGUCUUUGAAGAUCGCUGCGCACCUAGUCGUUACCUCGGCCCCAAGCGGUACACCCAACCGCCGUGCAGGCUGGCCGACAUCCCCAAGCUGGAUGCCAUCGUCAUUUCCCACUCGCACUAUGACCACCUGUCGGAGCCGACCGUGCGCGAGCUCGCGGCGAACAACCCGGACGCACACUUCUUUGUCGGCUUGGGGUUGGCGAGUUGGUUCCGCGACACGGGUAUCGACAAGGUGACGGAGAUGGACUGGUGGGAGGACGCCACCCUGACCAUCAAGAAGCCUAGCACUUCCGACGGCAAGGAGACCAUCGAAGAAAUUGAGGCCCAAGUAUCCUGCCUGCCAUGCCAACACUCCUCCGCCCGCACCGGCUGGGACAAGGACACCACUCUCUGGUGCUCAUUCGCCAUCAAGUCAGGUGGCAAGUCAGUCUGGUUCGGCGGUGACACCGGCUACCGCGCCGUACCGGAGAUGCCGGCGGAGGAAGACGACUACGGACCAAAGUACGACUCACUGCCCCGCUGCCCUCAUUUCAAGCACAUUGGCGAGCUACGCGGGCCCUUUAACUUGGGUUUGAUUCCCAUUGGCGCGUACAGGCCCAGAUGGAUGUGGAGCGGCUUGCACUCGAACCCAUAUGAUGCCGUGGAGAUCUUCAAGGACACCAAGUGCGAGAAGGCCAUGGCGAUCCACUGGGGCACGUGGGUGUUGACCAUCGAGGAGGUGGAGGAGCCGCCCAAGUUGCUGAAGGAGGCGCUGAAGACGAGUGGACUGCCUGAGACGGGAGUGUUUGAUAGCUGUGCCAUUGGCGAGACCAAGGAGUUUUGAUGGCUUCCUUCAAUCGGCGGCGCACAUGGGAUUGGGACAUGAUACCCGAGCGUGGCGUUGGCUUCCAGGUUGACAAAGUUUCUGUACGAUAGGUAGGUAUGUAGGAAAGGGAAGGGCUAUGCAUAUGAACAGGUAGGUCUUGCGCUGACGAUUUGACAGUGUGAAUAUCAGAAAACCUCAUGGUGGUCAGCAUCU